UGUGAAAAUGACAGAACAAAGAUUGUGAAGAAACAUAAAAUGUCACGGUUUGCUUUAGGUCGUUACAACCGUUACCUCUCCCGCCUUAAGCCUCUACCUCAUCUGAACAAGCCUUUGCUUUUCUCUUCCACUGCUACCUCGAGUCAAGAUGGUGCCGCUUGCCAGACCGGUCCGCCACCGAUCCGGGUCGGACUCACCGAGUCAGCGGGUCGGGCUGUUUUCGCAACUCGUAGAAUUAAUUCCGGAGAUCUUAUACACACGGCGAAGCCUGUCUUAGCUUGCCCUUCCCUCCUCUCCCUCGACUCAGUCUGCUAUCUUUGCCUCAAGAAACUCGUGGGCUCUGCUAAGUUUGAAGAUCGUGGAGUCUCGUAUUGCAGCCAAGAGUGCCAAGACAACGCAAAGGGGUUUUAUGAUGUUGAAACUAGAGGAGAUUGGUCAAGUUUUGUUGAUUAUUGUAGGACGCACAACUUCAAGUACCCGCUUAUGGUCAAGAGGUUGAGUUGUAUGGUAAUUUCAGGUGCCCUGUCCGCAGACUGUCUUGACAUACUUCAACCAGCUACAUUAUCUUCCGCGAUGCUUUCAAAAAUAGAGGACGGUUAUGGCUUGCUAUGGAAUGCAUUCAGGAAGGCAAAUUUCACGGAAGAUGAUGUUGCUUUUUUAACUAAACAAUGGUAUACGGGUAUUCUCGCCCGGAUCCGUAUCAAUGCAUUUCGAAUUGAUCUGGUUGGAGGCUCAUGUGGUGAAGACCUUCUUUCACUGGCUGCAGCUUCUGUUGAAGGUGAAGGUUCAGUUGGCCAUGCCGUUUAUAUGCUACCUUCCUUCUACAAUCAUGACUGUGACCCCAACGCACACAUAUUCUGGUUGCAGAACGCAGAUGCAAGGUUGAUGACUCUCCGCGAUGUCGAAGAAGGGGAAGAGCUUCGGAUAUGUUAUAUAGAUGCAAGCAUGGGAUAUGAGGCUCGGCAAACACUACUCUCUCAAGGCUUUGGCUUCUGCUGCAACUGCUUACGCUGCCAGUCUAGGGACUGAUUAACUCUUUCCUUUCUCUGCAUCUUUACUUUUCAUUUUCAUGUGUAAUAAGAGGAAUCAUCAUGUUAUGAACCGAAUAUGUAAUCAACGAUUUUAUUCACAACAAGUACUGAUUCACCAGAA